ACCAGCCCACCUGGGCCUCCAGGCUGGAACAUUCCAGAAGCAGGCGUCUGGACCUCUCUUGUGAGGCACUUGGUGGGCUGGGGUGGGGUGGGGGGUUUGAACAGCCAGACUCUCCCAAAUAGUAAGCAUUUAACUGUUCAGACUCCCAAAGAGUAAGCCUCCCUGGGUUGGACUGGACAGCCACUGGCCACAAUGGUGAGGCUACCGGCUAAAGGGUUGUUUCAUGAAUUGAUGGAGCUUUGUGGGCCACUUCCUAACCUGGGUGCUCCCCCUUACACUACACGGACUCUCAGAAGCUGGCCCCAGGCCUGUCAUACCCUGUGAGAGAAGCUGAGCCCCGGCGGGGUGCCAACCCCCCUCACCAGACCCUUGCUCUAGGGGGCCUGGGCUCUGACCUGCGCAUUCCGUCUUCUGGACGCCGGGCAGUGCUGUAGUCCAGGUGUUGGGCUGCUGCCAUCCAAGCCCACUGUGAGGCUGUACGCCCUGGGGUGGAGGUCCUGUAGGCAGCAGGAGCUACUGGAGAAGGUGGAGUGGCCAGCUGCCAUCUAUCUGAGAGUCCCCUCCCUCGCUCCGGGCAGUGUGUCUUCAGACUUCCCUCUCUGUGGUGUUCAGAGCUGCGCCCUCUCCCCUGCCCCGUCUCCCAGUCCGCCUGCCCCAGGGACAGCUCAGUGGGGUUAGGCCCCUCUCUGUUCUGACACAACCGGAGUCUCACCGAGGGCGGCGCACGGCACUGACUGCCCCCCCAGGAGCUGAACUGUCACCUGGCUGGCGGGCUGAGGCGCGUGUGAGUCAGGAAUGGCCGGGAGGAAGCUGCCCCGCAGGCAGGGCCUGCAGCUGGUUCUGCUGGUGAUGGUGGCUGCCGUGCACCUGGCCGCCUGUCCCUACACCAAGGUGGAGGAAAGCUUCAGCUUGCAGGCGGUGCACGACCUGCUCUACCACGGGCGGGACCUGGACAAGUACGACCAUCAUGAGUUCCCCGGUGUGGUGCCUAGGACGUUUCUCGGGCCCCUGGUCAUCGCUGCUGCCUCCAGCCCCACCGUCUACCUGCUCUCCCUGCUGGGAGCAUCCAAGUUUUACUCACAGCUCGUGGUCCGGGCCACUCUGGGGCUCGGUGUCCUCGCCGCCCUCUGGAAGCUGCAACGGGAAGUGCAGCGGCACUUUGGGGCCACGGUAGCCAUGCUGUUCUGCUGGGUGACGGCCACACAGUUCCACCUAAUGUUCUACUGCACGCGCACACUGCCCAACAUGCUGGCCCUGCCCAUGGCCCUGCUGGCGGUCACAGCCUGGCUGAGACGGCGCUGGGCCUGCUUCCUGUGGCUCUCGGCGCUGGCGGCCAUUGUCUUCCGGGCCGAGCUGGCCAUCCUGCUGGGCAUCCAGCUGCUGCUGCUGCUCAUGGGCGGGCAUGUGGGCCUGCGGAAGGUCCUGCGCCACGCUGUCCCUGCCGGUGUCCUCUGUCUGGGACUGACUGUGGCCGUGGACUCAUACUUCUGGGGCUACCUCGUGUGGCCGGAGGGCACCGUGCUCUGGUACAACACCGUCCUGAACAAGAGCUCCAACUGGGGCACCUCCCCGUUCCUGUGGUACUUCUAUUCAGCGCUGCCCCGUGCCCUGGGCAGCAGCGUGCUGUUCGUGCCGCUGGGCGCGCUGGACCGCCGGGCCCGGGCCCUCCUGCUGCCGGCGCUGGGCUUCGUACUACUCUACUCGCUGCUGCCGCACAAGGAACUGCGCUUCAUCAUCUACACGGUGCCUCUGCUCAACGUUGCUGCCGCCCGGGGCUGCGCCCACCUGCUGAACAACUCCAGGAAGUCCUGGCUGUACCGAGCGGGCUCCCUCCUGGCCCUUGCCCACCUUGCCCUCAACACCAUCUAUACGGUCGCCUGCCUCUACGUGUCCCACUUCAACUACCCGGGCGGUGUGGCGCUGCAGCAGCUCCACUCGUUGGUGCCCCCCCACACAGGUGUCUCUGUGCACAUCGAUGUGGCAGCCGCACAGACGGGUGUUUCUCGGUUCCUGGAGCUGAACCCUGGGUGGAGGUACGACAAGCGGGAGGACCUGCAGCCCGGGGCGGCCGGCAUGCUGGCCUACACCCACCUGCUGCUGGAGGCGGCGCCUGUGCCCCUGGCCCUCUAUCGGGACUCCCACCGUGUGCUGGCCCACGUGGCCGGCACCAGCGGCGUGCGGCUCAAUCUGACCCGGUUGCCACCCUUCCACGUCGACUUCCAGCCCAAACUGGUGCUGCUGGAGCGGGUGCGUGGGCCAUCCUGAGGGGGCUUGUCGCAGGGCCCAUGCAGAUGGCGUGGCGUGCACUAUCCCACUGUCUGUGGGCAGGCCCUCUGCAGGCGGUCUCCCCAUCCAC